CAUACGUUACCGUUCAUUCCGUUCCAGCCCGGUGUGGUAUACGCUGGUCAGUGCGAUAUUUCCAAAAAAAAAUUUAAAAAACGUGUCGCGCAUAACAACCACCGGGUCAAAGGUCAAUUUCGUUUGCAUUUUGUUUUUCAUUUAGAAAAUUCGCUUAUUUUUUUGUAUAAAAUAUAUAUUUAUAUAUGUGUAAUAAUAAUAAUACAAGUCGUUUGGUUUCAUUUCACACGUAUAAAAUACCACAACGUAUAUAAUAUUAAUAUUGUUAAAUUUAAAAUAAUAAAUUAAUCGCGUAUUUGUUUAUUUAUUUGUUACAAAUAUUUCCCGCCCGUAAACGUGCCAAAUGUUACAAAAAAAUAUAUAAUACAUAAUAAUAUUAUAUUGCUAUCGUAAUCGUACGGAAACGAAAGUGUGAUAAUUUUUUUUUCUUUUUUUCGAAAGUGUGCAUUAUUUGUCGAUUUUGUUAUUCCGUUAAAGUAGGUAAAGUGGCUGUGCCAAAAGUGGAUUACUCAAAAGUAAAAUUAAACAUAAACAUCGAUACAUGUUUUAGAAUGGCUUUAGCCAGGCUGCCAGUGGUGAGUGAGUGCUCGCCGCAGCAGACAGCCAGAGUGUCGGUGGCAGCGGGAUCUUCUGGAUCGGUGAGCGCGGCCGCAUCGGCUGCCGCCGCGGCCGCCGUCGUGGCCGGCGCUCCCAGCAGCAGCACCAUGUCCGUAUCCCGGGUACCCAGCCCGCCUCCUUCGUCCGAGGCGAACACACCCGUGGCGGAGAACUGGUGUUACACACAGGUGAAGGUCGUGAAGUUUAGCUAUAUGUGGACGAUAAAUAAUUUUAGCUUUUGCCGCGAAGAGAUGGGCGAGGUGUUGAAAUCGUCCACAUUCUCCGCCGGAGUCAACGACAAAUUAAAAUGGUGUUUGCGAGUUAAUCCUAAAGGCUUGGACGAGGAGAGCAAAGACUACCUGUCUUUGUAUUUAUUACUAGUCUCGUGCAAUAAGACUGAGGUCAGAGCGAAAUUCAAAUUUUCCAUACUGAACGCCAAACGCGAAGAAACUAAGGCGAUGGAAAGCCAAAGAGCCUACAGAUUCGUUCAAGGCAAGGACUGGGGCUUCAAAAAGUUCAUUAGACGCGAUUUCCUAUUAGACGAAGCCAACGGCUUACUGCCCGACGAUAAACUUACCAUAUUCUGCGAGAUGGCUCGUUUGCAGGUUAGCGUUGUAGCCGACAGCGUCAACAUAUCAGGCCAGUCCAACGCGGUUCAAUUCAAAGUUCCCGAGUGCCGUUUACCGGACGAUCUGGGCAAUCUGUUUGAAAUACAAAAGUUCAGCGACGUCACCCUGUCGGUUAGCGGCCGCGAGUUCCAAGCGCACAAAGCCAUACUUGCAGCGAGAAGUCCUGUGUUCGCCGCCAUGUUUGAACACGAGAUGGAAGAACGGAAACAGAAUCGCGUUGCCAUCACCGACGUAGACCACGAAGUUCUCAGAGAGAUGCUCCGGUUUAUAUACACCGGCCGGGCAGCAAACCUGGAACGAAUGGCUGACGACUUGUUGGCGGCCGCAGACAAAUACGCCCUGGAAAGGCUAAAAGUGAUGUGCGAAGAAGCCUUGUGUAACAAUCUGUCGGUAGAUAACGCUGCCGACAUACUGAUAUUGGCCGACCUGCACAGCGCCGACCAGCUUAAAGUACAAACGAUUGAGUUCAUAAAUACCCAUGCGACUGACGUGAUGGAUACCACAGGCUGGAAAACUAUGAUACAGUCGCAUCCGCACCUGAUAGCCGAAGCGUUUCGUGCGCUAGCCACACAGCAAAUACCGCCGAUCGGACCACCUCGAAAACGGGUUAAACAAAGCUGAAACAACGUACCGUCCACAGCGGUGAUGCAGACUUACGAUCUCACCAGCCCACCACCCCCACCCAUAAACUCUUCCAGGGCACACAUUUUGUAAAUUUAUAUAAUUUUUUUUUCUCUUUCAAAAAGCUUACGAUUGUAAUAUUUUUUUUUUAUUAUUAUUAUUUUUUUUAUUUGUAUAAAAAUAUAAUAUUUCUAAAGAUAAGAAAAUUCCUAUAAAAAAAAAAAUGCAAGUUGCGAUUUGUUUUUGCUGGUAAUGCGUUUGGACACGUUUGUAUUUCUCACAAUGUAUUGUAUAAAAAAAAAAAAAAAAUGAAGAAGAAGAAGGUAACGGCAACGGCUGUUUAGUAAACGGCACACGUGAUAUGAGUGAUAUUUGCAGCCAAGACCUCGUUUUUUUUUUUUUAAUUUUAUGUAAUAUUAUAUAUAAAUUCAUAAUUAUAUACAAUUACUAUUAUAUUUUAGUUAGUUCUAUUAUCUAUUAUCGUUACGUAUAUUAUUAUUAUUAUUGUGUACAAGCCGAGAAUUGCAUAAAAUGAUUAUAUAAAAGUAUAAAACAGACAACGGUUUUCUCAGUUCAUUUUUGUUAUAAUAUGAAUAUAACAAUAUAUAAAAAAAUUACAUACAUAUAUAUCAAUUUAUGUCAAAUUUUUCGGGUUUUUAAAAAGCCGGUGGCUGAUUUUUUUUGGUUUUAUGCAAGCCGGCAAAACAAUUUUAACAAAACAAGCAAACUUUAGAUGUGUUAACAUAAGUAAAUUAGGUGUCGUUUAAAAAAUUAUUUUUUUUCCCCUUUGAAACCGUUUAAAAUGGACGCCCGUCAUAUUUUAUUGAUUAAUAUCAUUAAACUAUUUCACAACGGACAGUAUCCGUUUCUUUUAAAUUCUAACUAUAUUUGUUUUAUUUUUAUUAUUAUAUAAUAUCUUUUGUGUGUUCAUAAAUAAUAAUAAUAAUAAUUACAUAUUUUAGGUGUAAAUAAUAAUAAUUUUUUUUUUUAAGAAUACUCUUAACUGAGGAAAGAGGCUGAAGAGGUUUCCUUUAAUCGUUAAUGUAUACCUCAAUUAGAAAAAAUAAUAAGCGAUUGCGACACGUUCACUAUUACGCGAUUAUAUUAAACAUAAACGAUCCAAUUGAGGUUAUAAUAAUUUUGAUUUAUUUAUUUUGUUCAUUUUUUUUAAAAAUUGUAAAUCUAUUAUUUUUUUUUUCAUUAUUAUGUAUAAUGACAAUUAUUAUUAUUAUUAUUAUACCGCUCGAUGGAGAUCGUGUGGCAUCGUCGAUUAGUGGUCGACCAAGUUUCUGUUCCUCGUAAUUUGUACAUAAGAAUAAUAUAUUAGUCCUCUUUUCUCAGCGUUAUAUUAAUUUACUUUUCUCUCGGUCGCAUUAUACACAUGUAUUUGUAUACAUAAUAUAUACUUACUUAUUUUAAAGGUGUAAAAAAAAAAAAAAAAGUAAUCAAACUCGAGCCUUUCCAUCUUUAUUGUAAUAAUAAUUUGUUUUCCGAAUUCUUUUUGUUUUACUCGUGUGAUUCGCUUUGUUGUGUGUUUACCUGUUUUUACGACAUUAUCUACGUCAUUCGAUUAUAAUAAUAAUAUUAGUUAUAUUUACUACGAAUAUUGUAAAUAAGUUUAGA